AUGGACUCUUUCAACAAUGUCAAGCAAUGGCUGCAGGAGAUUGACCGUUAUGCCACGGAAGGCGUCAACAAAUUGCUCGUCGGCAACAAGAGUGAUAUGUCGGACAAGAAGGUGGUCGAGUAUACCAUGGCAAAGGAGUUCGCUGACAGCCUGGGGAUCCCGUUCCUCGAGACCUCCGCAAAGAAUGCAUCUAAUGUCGAACAAGCCUUCCUGACUAUGGCUCGUCAAAUCAAGGAACGCAUGGGAACUACCACCGUCAACAACAAGCCCACUGUACAAGUCGGACAAGGACAGGGCGUUCAAUCCGGAGCUGCUGGCGGUUGCUGCUAG